CACAUCCAGAACAUCCAUCUACUACGUAUUAAUCGACUGGUAUAUCUCACAAUUCAUUGAGAUUUGCAGCAUUGAGUAUAUUUCCACGUGAGCUGGAAUAACUGUGACAACGGCCCAGACGAUCUUCGACAUCGCUCAAUUGUACUUGAUCUCGGCCCCAGCCCUUUUCUUUAUUCUUGACGCGUUUUCUACCAUUAACGGUAGUCCAUCAUGCCGCCGACACGGAGUCUCCGUCAGAGGACAGUUGCGAACGAGAACGACGAAAAUGGCCCAUCGACACGCCUGACCAGAGCGAAGGCUGCUGCCCUCACUACAUCAGACGUCACGACCGCUGCAACGAAAAAGCCUCUCCAGAGUAAAAAGGCCAACUCGUCCCUUCCCACUGCGAACGGGACUCAAAGGAGACGCCCUGCGCUGGGUGAUGUGAGCAAUGUGGCCAAGACGGAUCUAAUUGAUGCCAAAGAUGGCAAGAAGCCAGCAACAAAAGCUGGCCUCACCUCCAAGGCAACCGCUCAAGCUGGUGGUGUGCAGAAGCUUAGCCGAACUAACACGACGCGCUCCGCACUAGGUGUGAAGGACAACAAUAUCAACAAGAAGCCCGCAACUGAAAUUAAGCGUCCCGGAAGUGGCAAUGGCAUCAGUGGGAGCUCAAUGAAACGAUCCUCCAGCCAAAAGUCCAUCAAAGAGGAAACCGUGCACAAUGAUGAGCCACCUCGCAAGAAGGUAGACGUUGAGAAGAAAAAACAAGAGACCACGAAGCAGGAAGUUACUACAAUUCAAGAUUCAACCGAGGUUGAAGUUGUAGACAAGGAUCCCCUCGGUGAGGAUGUCGUGGAUCUCGAUACCGAAGAUCUUGGUGACCCUUUGAUGGUCGCAGAAUACGUGGUGGAGGUUUUCGACUACCUCAAAGAUCUCGAGCUGGAAACCCUUGCCAACCCCGAUUAUAUCGAACAUCAACCAGAUCUGGAGUGGAAAAUGCGUGGCAUUCUAGUGGACUGGCUCAUUGAGGUCCACACGCGUUUCAGGCUCCUACCCGAGACUCUGUUCCUCACUGUCAACAUCAUCGAUCGCUUUCUGUCCGCUGAAGUCGUUGCUUUGGAUCGCUUACAACUAGUGGGUGUGACUGCUAUGUUUAUCGCAUCCAAAUAUGAAGAAGUUUUGUCCCCUCAUGUGGUUAAUUUCAGUCAUGUUGCCGACGAGACGUUCUCGGAUAAAGAGAUCCUCGACGCGGAAAGACACGUUCUUGCAACUCUUGACUACAACAUGAGCUACCCCAACCCGAUGAACUUCCUUCGACGUAUCUCCAAAGCUGACAACUACGACAUUGAAACGCGUACUCUGGGCAAAUAUCUCAUGGAGAUUAGCUUGUUGGAUCACAGAUUCAUGGCUUACAAACAAAGUCACAUCGCCGCUGCUGCCAUGUAUCUUGCUCGCCUCAUCUUGGAUCGGUCUUCAUGGGAUGCUACCCUCGCACACUACUCUGGAUAUACGGAAGAAGAGAUCCAACCAGUCUUCCAAUUGAUGAUUGACUACCUCCAUCGCCCUGUGGCUCAUGAGGCUUUCUUCAAGAAAUAUGCCAGCAAAAAGUUCCUCAAGGCUUCUAUUGUUACUCGUCAAUGGGCAAAGAAAUAUCAUUCCAUGUAUAUUGAAAGCUCAAUUAACGAAAGCUACAACCAGGCCCAUGGCAAAUUAUAAUGCGAAAUGAACUACGACUUGUCGAUCCUUCGGGAAUUCCUUUCUAUUGAGAUCACAACUGGGCGGCGCUAUACCUGGAUGGAGUUCAUUUUCUACCUGGGCGUUUUUCUCUUUUCAUGCGGGUGCUGGUGGAUGGAACCAAUUGCAUUUUAUCACGGCAUUACUACUUUGAGCUAACUUCUAUUUACCCUUCUUCGGUGUUUACUUCCUCUUGGAUUGGCGCUUAUCAGCUUUGCUGUUUU